UCCGGCCCCGGGUCCCCUCCCCGGGUCCCCUCCCCGGGUCCCCUCCCCGGGACCCCUCCCCGGGACCCCUCUCCGGACCCCUCUCCGGACCCCUCCCCGUCCGGCCCCGGCCCCCCAAGCGCUGCCCCCGGGGCUGCCCCGGGAGGGGCCGCAGGAGCCUGCGGAGACGUCGGGUGCCCUGGGAGGGGACAGGGUGGAGCCGCCGGAGAGUCUCCAGCCCCGGGGCCGGGACCAGCGGGACUGCUCGGCGGGGAACGGCGGGGAACGGCAGAGCCGGAGCCGCACAGCCCGGGGAGCGGAGCGGAGCCGAGCGGGGACACGGCUGGCUCAAACGGGGACGCGUUCGGAGAGGAUCUGCCACCCACCCUCCCUGCUACCGGGCUCUAUGUGGGACGGAGCUGGCCAUGCAGAAGUUGUACUUUGCGGGAAGCAGCCUAUGGACCAUCAACAGCUCUCUGGGGAACGGCAGCCUGCACCUGGAGAACCAGAGCUCCGGGAGGAACAGCACCACCGACCCCCUGAAGAGGAACGAGGACAUGGCCAAGGUGGAGGUGACGGUGCUCUGCCUCAUCCUGUUCCUCGCCCUGACCGGCAACCUCUGUGUGCUGCUGGCUAUCCACACCACCCGGCAGAAGCACUCCCGCAUGUACUUCUUCAUGAAGCACUUGAGCAUCGCUGACCUGGUUGUGGCCAUCUUCCAGGUGCUGCCCCAGCUCAUCUGGGACAUCACCUUCAGGUUUUAUGGGCCAGAUUUUCUUUGCCGGUUGAUCAAGUACUUGCAGGUAGUGGGGAUGUUUGCUUCCACCUACAUGCUCUUGCUGAUGUCCCUGGACCGGUGCUUGGCCAUCUGUCAGCCGCUGAGGUCUCUGCACAGGAGAGCGGACCGGGUCUCUGUCCUCCUCACCUGGCUGCUGUGCCUGCUGGUCAGCAUCCCUCAGAUCCACAUAUUUUCUCUGAGGGAUGUGGGGAAUGGAGUUUAUGACUGUUGGGCAGAUUUCAUCCAGCCCUGGGGACCUAAAGCCUAUGUCACUUGGAUAACCCUCAUGGUCUACAUCAUUCCUGUAUUGAUGCUGAGCAUCUGCUACGGCUUAAUCAGCUUCAAAAUCUGGCAGAACGUGAAGCUUAAGAUGGCUCACGGGCCCAACAUGGGUCUGGGCUCCAGCUCCUGCAGCGGGACGGCGUUUGCCAGGGUCAGCAGCACCCGGCUCAUCUCCAAAGCCAAGAUCCGGACAGUGAAAAUGACCUUCAUCAUAGUGUUAGCUUUCAUAGUGUGCUGGACGCCCUUUUUCUUUGUGCAGAUGUGGUCUGUGUGGGACACGAAUGCUCCGCAGGAAGCCUCCCCGUUCAUCAUCGCCAUGCUGCUGGCCAGCCUCAACAGCUGCUGCAACCCCUGGAUCUACAUGCUCUACACCGGCCACCUCUUCCACGACCUGAUGCGGCGCUUCCUCUGCUGCUCCACACACUACCUGAAGUCGCGGCCGGCGUGCGAGCUGAGCGUCGGCAAGAAGAGCAACUCCUCCUCCUUCGUGCUCAGCUGCAGGAGCACCAGCCAGCGCAGCUUCACGCAGCCGGGCACCACGUGAGGGCAUCGCCGGCCGGGACCGCGCUCCGCCGCCGCGCUGCCUCCAGCGCCGCCCCGGGACAAGCUGGGACUCGGACAAGCAAGGGGUUUCUGUAUAAAUGGGUGUAUAUAUGUCUGUGCGCGUGUAAGCAUGUACAGCCAUCAUUAUUUAACUGAGGCAGGAGUGAGGGAGGACUUCUGUGCUCCAGGUUUCAGUGCCGCCUGGGACUGGACACCAGGAACCCGCUUCUGGUCCCCAAAACCACUGACAUUGGUGGCUUUUAGACACUGGGAGUGGCAGGUUUUGCCCUGAACGAUCCCACACUGCACCGUGUCCCCGUGGGAUGCGCGGGGCUGCCGCACAGGGUGGCAGGUGCCACCCUGGUGUCACGCACCUGUCCCCAGCUCUGCCGGCAGCAGGAAUCCCGCGGGAUGCAGGGUGGCUGGGGCAGAGCUGCAGGCACCGCGCUCAGCACCGUGUCCUUGCCCGGCUGGAAGCACUGUGGGGCAGGGACAGCCCUGUCCCCAUGUCCCUGCUCGCUGCCAGCCCCGCUUCCUGCCCAGGCCCACCCAUGGCACUGCCAGGACAACGCUGGGGACAACACUAACACCCGGGUGUCCCUGCCCCCCAGCUCAGUGCACACGGGUGGGCAUAGCCAGGGGAGGGGACGGGGAUCUGUGCAAUAACACGUUGGCUGAGUGUGCGCAAACGCUUCUCCGAGGGCAGCAUGUGGGAUUACAGCCGGGCGCCACGGGGUUCAAUGGGAAAACGCCCAUCGAGCCCCCCAAGGGCAAGCUUUUGCUUUGGGUUUGAUGCAGAUCACAUUUAGUCUUCUACACCAAUGCAAUUUUCUUGCUCUGUGACGCACAAGGUCAUGCUGAUGGCAUGGAGUUUUUAUUGUUACAAAAUACCUGUAAGUAAAGUUUUCUGACUGCGUCUGGAUGGAAAGCGGGAGGGGAAGCGCAGAAGGAGCACUACGUUAAAAAAAUGAAGGAAAACGAUGGGAAACGACGCUUGAAACACAAGACCCAACUCUACUCAGUGUAAUGGUGUUUCUGUUUGCGCAGUGCCACACCAAGCACCGGGGACGUGUGCGGGCGUGUUCCGCAGCGCGCGGGCAGCAUGCGGGCAGCACACAGGCAGCACACAGGCAGCACACAGGCAGCACACAGGCAGCAUGUGGGCAGCGCACAGGCAGCACGCAGGCAGCACACAGGCAGCAUGUGGGCAGCGCAUAGGCAGCACGCAGGCAGCACACAGGCAGCACGCAGGCAGCACACAGGCAGCACACAGGCAGCACACAGGCAGCAUGUGGGCAGCGUGCGGGCAGCACACAGGCAGCACGCAGGCAGCACGCAGGCAGCACACAGGCAGCACACAGGCAGCACGCAGGCAGCACGCAGGCAGCGUGGCGCAGCCCCGGCGAGGGCAGCUCUGGUGGCACUGUGAGCGUGCCCAGGAACUCGGCAGCAGAGCCAUGGGGACACCAGGCGAUGCUUCCGCCUUCGCUCCCGCCGCCGGCAGGGACGCACAGGAGCACGGCCAGCGUGCAGCCAGAGGGUAACGUGUUGGGAAUGAAUAUGAAAAAUGCAUUUACACAUGUACUUUAUUUUUUCGCUGUUAUCAACAGGUACAUUUUCACCUUUCAUGUUCUGGCAUUCCUUUGAUUUUUUUUUUCUGGUGGCUUCAAGUGAGCUCUCAGCACAUUUGCUGAACGCAACCCAGCAGAUUCAGUCUCAGCAUGUUUUACCAGCCUGGUUUAAACCCUUAGGUAAGCAGAUAGUGUUUUCCUCCCACGUUCACCUUCUUUCUCCUUGAGAGUAAUUAGCUUCUGUGCCAAACAAGGAGUGGGGGUUCCUGUUUUAUGGUGGACCCGGGGGCCUGGUGCAUCCUCCAUCUGUGAGGACGGGAACACGAUGUGGCGAUGGAUUUUACUGGGACCGAUGGGCAGAGCAAGGAGGACACUUUGGGAGAGGCAGGUGUUGCCUCGCCAGCCCUGGGUGCCAUUGCGGGCUGUGCUUACGGGGUCACGCAGACGGGGCUGAGCCCCAUGCGUGGGGACACCGCGGCCGAGUGACCCCCCAGCCACCAGCCGAGCUCCCACACCAUCCCCGGGCUGCAGCUCCGGGUUUGUCGCUGUGGGAGGAUAUUGAAUGUGCUGCCAAAAAGCUUCGCAUAAUGACCAAAAGCAAAAGAGGGGUGCUGACACACGGGCGGUGUGUGCUCCACGUGCAGGGAGACCACAGAGCGCUCCAGUGGGGAGCCCAGAGUUCUGCAGGUUUUGGGCUCAUGCUCUGAACCACUAGGACAAAACAUAUAUUCCAGAAUUGGUUGUAAUUAUUUUUAUUCCCACAAAAAGCUUUAAAAAAUGCUCAUGAUAAAAUGUUUUUGAAGACUUUUUUUUUCCACUACAAAUAUCUAAAUAUCUUUUUUCUAUCACUCCAUCCAUCCCGAGGCCCGGUGUCGCUGGAGCACGGGUGCUACGUUGCCAUGGGAUAAUGAACAUCCGCAAUCCCAAGCCGCUGGAAGAACACCAACAGAAAAUCUGGCUCUUUCUUGUCCUUGGCAUGGCGCUGCAAGAAGCUCUGGCUCCGAGUCUUUGUUGGAAGCCAAAGGGAAAAAGCACAUGAAUACAAUUGAGAAUAACCUCUGAACAGCAAGACCUCCUGGGCCCUGAUUCAGCAAAGCACUUAAGGCCAGAGCCAAGAAAGUGUUUCAGUGCUGCAGAGUUAAAGUAUGGCUUCGUGAGGAUGGGCUAAGUGAAUUAAUUGGCAAUACAGCAGAGGAAAUUGCUCCCAGUUGGGCUUUCUGCCCUCAUCCCAGUGUUGCCCCAGGAGCGGGCAGGGUACUGGAGGAUGCUCCUUCCUCUGCCCCUGCACAUCUGCGGAGCCAGAGCAGCGAGCACCUGGGGAACAUUCCCCCUGAGAAACAAGCCAAAGCUUCACCUAAAGCCGAGCUUGUCCUUUCCCAAGCAAAGUCACCCAAAGCCAUUUGUUCUCAACGCUGCUGGGCACUGCCCACUCUGCAGCCCCAUCACAGAGCUUAACGAUGCCCUGUAAUUAAACAGCGAGUGUCACGUUGCCACAAGUGGUUUUGCAGCUGCUGGUGGCCCAGGCCCAGCACGUACUCCCAGGAGGCAGACACCACAUUUCAUUCACUAAUUGAUCCGGAUUUCAAAGCUCUGCUGAAAUGCAAACACACAUGAAAAAAAUUAGCUUUCACUAUUCUAUCCAUAAAACUCUUGUGCAGCAAGAUUUAAUACAGAAGCUUCCACAAUAGCAAUUAUUUGCAACAAAUUAUAAUAAUUCAUAUGCAAGUAUUUCUCAUAGUGUCGUUCUAGACUGGAGGGAUGGAGAAGCAGGCAGGGUUUGGUCUGUUGUCCAGCAGCAUCUCUGCACCCUUGCUUCUCAAUCUGCAGCUGCAGGUCGUGGCCCAGGGCCAUGGUCCAGGAGAUGCUGCGGUCUAGGGAUGCUGUGGUCUAGGGAUGCUGCGGUCCAGGGAUGCUGCAGUCCCUCUUGCAGGAACAUGGCAUGAUGCCGGUGGUCUCCCUGGGCUGCUUGCUGAGCCUCAAUGGGCUUCUCUUCUCCUAAAGCUUCUGGCUUUGAGCUGGAGCGAGAAGCAGCUCUGACAACCUGCGCUGCACAGGUCCCUGGGCACGGGGGGUCUGCGUACUGAGGGCAGGACACAGAGGUCCAUGUGCCAAGGAGAGGACACGCUGCAGGACCGGGGAACCUGUGCAGAGGGUGGUUGGGGUGUGCGUGGGGACCUAGACCUCCUUCCGCAGAGCAACUCGGAUGUUGCUGCAGAUCUUGGAGAGCGCCUCAAAGAGCGGGUCGCAGAAGGUGUGGAUGCAGAGGGAGUAGAUUCGGCUGACGCACUGGAUCUCGAUCAGGUAGCUCUUGAUGCAGGGUACCACCGCCCAGAUGUGGCAGAAGGAGAUGAGGGCAAAGAGGAAGCCCCAGACCACGGCCAGGGGGAUGCCCAGCACGGCAGAGAGCAGCCGGUAGCACCAGUACUUGCUGACGGUGAAGGUGGUGUAGCUGGUUUUCCAGACGCCGUCAAAGCUGUAUGUUCCCACAGGCUCAGCUAUCACAUCCUCAAAAUCCACCUGUGGGGAGAGAAGACGGAGGUAAAGGAGGUUUGGGGGCCUCCAGUGCAGGGGUGAGGAUCCAAGCCUGAACGGGGGGGCUGGGGAGAGCCUGGGCUGUGCUGGGGGGACACGGAUCCCCUGCACCCCCCGGGCAAGGGGACCCCUGCCCUGCAGAGCUCUGAGCGGGACGCAGCGCGGGGCUCCCGGCGCUGCCUGACUCAGCAUGGCACACACAGGCUUCACCCACGGGCUGGGGACAUUCCCCAUUCCGAUCCCUGAGCUGUGGGCACAGGUGUGGGAGGCACGAGCCCUCGGAUGGGAGCUGUGCGUGGGAGCGCUUACUCCAGAGGAGCCCAGAGCCCGUUCCUGCCCGUUUUUAGCUUUCAGGGACAUGGGCUGCUUGCUCGGCAAGAAGGUGGUUUGUGCUAAUAAAAAUCCAGCAGCCCUCUUGAUUUACGGCUUAUUUAUGUAUAUCUGUGGAGGCGAGCUGCUUAGUUCUGCCUGUGCUCUGUCUGAAAAGGGAGAGCCAUCGGCUUGGCAGUGCCCUUCCCGGGAUGGUGCCAUUGUGUGCAGGCAUCGCGAGCGUCUCUGAAUGACUAAUGCUCUUAAAAGCCUCUGAACUACAUGUAGAGAUCUUGUAGUGGCGUAACUCAAUUUUAGGGGAUGCAUGAGCCAAGCUAUUUGUCUUGAAAAAUGGCAUGGCCUUUCCUGGGGAAGCUAAUGUGUUUGUUUGUACACUUAGGUUAAAUUGCAACAUCCACUCUGGUUCUGGAAGCACUUUGAUCACAAAAACUUUCUGCACGAUCUUCAGUUUCCUGGGGCGGGCAGGAGGUUGGGCAGGAACCCUGACAGCAGGGCUGGCGGGUCUGGAACGCCGGCUGGGUGAGCUGGACCCAUCAGCAGGUCCCUGCACACCUGCCUGGGGGCCUGAGGUGCCAAUCAGGAUCAAUUAAUGAAGGGCGUGGCAGGCUAUAAGAGAAGGGUCUCUGCCUGGCUGCUGUUUCUGCUGGUGAUGCCCCAGAAGUGGGUCUGGAGGAGCAGGAGAGGCAGAAUCCAGAGCUGAGCCUGGGUACAGCCCCAUGGUUUUGGGGACCACCAAAUGCAGGUACCGCUCUGUUGCUUUGCUGGGGAAGAGGCUGUUUUGAGCUCUGCAAAGCCUCUGUGGCUGGUGCUACUGCUGUAACCCAUGCAGUUUCAAAUCCUGGCUGUUGCACCGUGCUGCUCAGGAUGGGCUUGUCUAUGGCAAUGGGAACCCCCCAGCCUGCAAACCGCCCUGCUCCCCUCUGCACGCUUUGAGCAUCAGCGGUUCGGAGCCUGGGGUGUUCUGGAGUGUAUUGCUGCUCUCUGGGGAGGGGGAGGCUCUGCCUUGUCCUCCAGGACACUGCUGCAGGGUCACAGCGAGCAGCGUGGGCGCGGGAUGCUCUCUGCCUUCCCCCAGCCUUAUCGGCCCUGCUAUUUUUAAGGCAGGAGGAACAGGAGGUACGUUGAGCAAGGGCUCUGAAAGCUUCCAAAGCUGGUGGAGCAGCAGUGUGGCCAUGGGAGGGGAUGAGCUUGGAAAUCCUCUUUUGGGGAUCCCCAAGGGGGAACAGGCAGAGGUGGGGCUGCUAACAGUCAGCAAGCUCAGUUCGUCUGAAUUCCACCCCGCGACAAUAACUUCAGCAGCACAGUUACAACUAUUAGUUGGUGACUAUGCAAAACGAGGAAAAGCUUGACAGGCUUGAGGUGAAGAAAACCACAACUUACAUCUGAAAAAUGGAGUGUGGAGCUUAGAAUGAGAUAUGAGCAAGCUGUUGGUAUCAGCAGGGUCUGUUGUGAAAGGACAAGGGCUGAUGGUUUUAAACUUAAGGAGGGAGAUUCAGGCUCGAUAUGAGGAAAAAAUUGUUGUCCUGAGGGUGGUGAGAGCCUGGCCCAGGUUGGCCAGAGAGGUGGUGGAUGAACCAUCCCUGGAGACAUCCCAGGCCAGGCUGGACGGGGCUCUGAGCAACCUGAGCUGGUGAAGAUGUCCCUGUCAUGGCAGGGGGGGCACUGGGGGAGCUGGGAAGGUCCCUCCAACCCCAGCUGUUCUGUGGUUCUGUGCAAUGGUGCUGCCACGAGGGUUGGGGGUGGCCUGGAAGAUGCUGGUGUCACCCCCGGUGACAGGGCUGUGGGGGCGUGCUGGGCGGUGCAGAUGUGGGACGUGCUGCCGGGAACACACUGCAGAUCCGCCGUGCCUGGCAGCUGUCACGGGCACGUCUCGCCGCGCACAGGGUGCCCAUCUAUGGUGUCACUGUCACAGCUCAUCCAGGGAGAUUUCAAUAUGACCGUGCCCAUGGCUUUAGCAGUAAUAGUGUCUUAAUGCACAAACGCAAGCUUGAAUCUCAGCAACAUGACUGAGGCCACGUCCUGUUCCAAAGCCUUUGUGAGCAGGCUUUGUUCCUUCUGGCAUGUCAUCCUCUUUGAUCUGUCAGUGCAGUUUUAACAAACCCCUUCCAUCUCCUCCUGUUCUCCUUUGAGCCAAAAUUAUCUUUUCCAUAGUGCUACCAAAGCUCAGAGCAGCCCAGCUCUGCUGAUCAGCAUGUGGGAAAAUGCUUCCCUGUUCAGCCAGGCCAGAAACUCCUUUUGGUCACAAAUAAAUGGAGGAGCCUUGCUGCACCCUCCUGCUGCCAUGGCUGAGACACGAUCUGCUUCCAAAUAGGACAAUGCAUAUCUAAUGCUCUGGUGCUCAGAUUGUCAGGUCUUUUUCCAAGGUUCCCUUUAAAUCAGCGAUAUGGGCUGACCCUGUUUUAUUUUUGGCUCCCCACUUGUGCAAAGGAGGGCGUCUCCAUAAGCUUUCAGGCUACAGCCGGUGAAGCUGGGGAGCGCACUCAAGGAAUGGGAAAUGCCGCGCUAACCGGAGCCGUGCACGGCACACGGUCACCCAGCGGGGCUGGGGCUCGUGGCAGGACCCCUGCAGCCCCCGGUAACGGCACCUCCUGUGGCACACGGAGCAGGGACUCGCAGCCCUGCCUGAGCUCCAGCCCAGCACCACAAUACCCACAACCUAUUGCAUUAAGCGUCAGCAAUGCUUCCGUAACACCGUGUGGAGACAACCCUACCUUGACAACAUCCUCGUUGAUGCGCUUCGGGUCUCUGUUCACCAGGUCGAUCUCUUUGACGUGCUGGUCCUUGAUGAUGAUCCUCUCGUCCAGCUCGCUCUGCUCCUCGGCCAUGGCUGCAGGGGACGGGACGGGUGGCGGGCAGGCUGCGAGCACCAGCUGCCCUGCGCCCCUGGCACCGCUCCAGGCUAAAAUUAAUGUCCUGGCUCCCGGGCCCGCCCUCGACUGUCCAUUAAAGGGGCUUUGCUGGGGACAGCCCCCGCCGUGUCACCUCUGGGGGGGCACAUGUGGGCAGCUGGUGGCCCUGGAGCUGAGGUGAGGGUGGCGCAGGGGGUGGGUGUGCAGCCCCCGCUGGGAUUUUCUCCUUGCAUGGAGAGGCGGAGUGGGAGAAACAAUGCCCAAACUGGGGAAGAAGUCCUCAAAAGCCUGAGAGAAAUAGUUGUUUAUAAGAUAAAUGGUUGUUUAUGGAUCUGUAAAUGAAGGAGCUCAGGGGACACAGGAAUUAUUAUUAUUAAAAUAUUGCCCAGAGAGGCCAUGUUGUCUUGGGAUGGUUGGUGAGCCUCGGGGUCCCUCUGCGAGCCCAGGAGGCCCCUCAUGGUAUCAGCCGGGAUUCCUUCCCUUCUAGCUUUUUCACACAGAGAAAGUCAAGGGAACCCAGAGACCAACCCACGACCUGUGGCGGCUGGAACAUCUCCUCCAUGGACACUAGUGGCAGCUGAUGUUGGGGACGCUCUGUGGUGGGACACAUGCACGGCUAAAGCUGAGAUGGCCACAGCUUGUCAGAGACCUCCCGACCCCUUCUGUGGGGAGAGAAAGGGCUGGCAGGUUAAAGCGCAGUUUUGAUGAUCCAUUCCACAAUGCUGCUUCUCCCUGCAAACAGGAUCCUGUGAGUGCUGGUGCCGUGUGAUCGGUCUGUGGUUUCUCCUGCGUGUUCCCCUGCGAUGCUCCAGGUGCACAGCUGGGUCCCUGGUGGCACAAGGACACGUGUGCAGGGUUGGUAGUGCUGGACCUGAGUUCCUCUUGUGUUGGGCACAAGUCUGCGAACCUGGUUAAUGGAUCUGCAAACACCUGAGCCUCUCCUUGUCUUCCUUUGCUGGCUUAAACAAGCACCAGCAUGAACCUUGGGCAAGGACUUUGUGCCACAUGAGGUUUGCACUACAAAGCACCUUGAGUUUCACAUACAGAAAUGAUUUAAAGUAAACAAGCUGGAUGGAAAUGCACAGGAGGAGCCAAAGCCCCAGGCAAGAAAGCUGUUUAAUGCACUCUUCUGCUGGUCAACUUGCGAACGCUUGCGGGAAUUGUGUGUUUCCAAGAGAAUGGGACGAGGCUCCUCCAUCCAUUCCAACUUCCCUGUCUCCGUUCCUGCGCUCUCCCACGGGCACUGCCAUGCAGAGCUCCGUUACCACAAACGGCACCUGGCCCUUCUGCCGGUUCUGCUGUUGGCCUGGGAGAGGAACCUGGUCCUGCCUGGUUAGUGUCGGUUCUUGGGCAGCCUGGCUGCGCUGGGACCCGUGUCCUGUGCCCAUGAGCAGCACGGGGGCCCUCGUGCUCACACUCGUCCUCGCUCUUCACUCCUCAAGUGUUAAUGAGCACAGCACAAGCCAAAGCCAGGGAUUUAACAGCAUUGCCAUUUCAGAGGCAGCUGAAAUAGGUGGCUGGUAAAUAAAAGUUCGAGUAGAAGCUCUGUCAUGUUUAAUAUCAAUCAAAAUUAAAUUUCACUGAGGAAGUACAGAAAAAAUGUUCAUUUAUCAUUCAAGUCGUCUUAGUUUGCUUCGAUUUAAAGUGUUUUGCCCUUUAGAAGAGAGAGAAAGUCUAUGAAUAUUAAAUUCGUGCCAUUGUGGACACACAACCACCUCAUCUUUCUGCAUUCUGUCCCUGUUGUGAGUGCUGGGACAGGAGCUGGAGACUGUCCUGGGGGUCCAGGGGGCUGGGGGUGCUCUGGAGGGUGAGUAGGUGCUGCCGCUUCUGCAGAUGUGAGCAGGGGACAGGUUUAGGGUCACACAGAGCAGAAUCGGGGCUGCUCUGCUGGAAAUCCUGCUCUUUAUUAGUAAUGGAGCCUUUGGUGUAGGGCAGGGAGGGAGAGCAACAGCCUGGGUAAAGCUGCACUUCAUCCUGUGCUCCACAGCCAACAACUCUUCCUUUUGCCUCUGAGUUGUUUUGAGCUGCUUUUCGCUUUGGACGUCAGUGCUGAAUCUCUGGAUGCCCAGAUGCUGGGGGUGCAGCAGAGCCCUUGGUCUGGGUGGGGGGUGAUGCAGCCGUCCCCGACGGGCAGGGGGACAGGGCUGCCCUCCAGCGGGGACACAGCGGGUUGGUGGGAGACCUGAGGAGAUGACAACACAUAAAGACAUGCAGGUACCACAGAGUUUGUGCUUCUAAUGCUGUGUUUAACGAUAGCAGUGCACUGGCUACCAUGCAAACAUCUACAGCUGCAUUUCUUGUCAUGCAACUUGUCAGAAACUAAUUGAGCCUGUAACAGCUAGCUAUUUCCUAAUUCCCUCUUAAUUGCAUUCUUAUGGCUGUAGGCAAAGCUACAUUGAAAAUGUUGGACAAAUGACUGCCCUGUAUCAGAUUAGAGGGGAACAAAGUGCGUUGGGUGCUGGAGCAGUCAAGGUGCUCAGCAGAGUGCUCAGCGCAGCAGUCAGGGUGCUCAGCAGAGUGCUCAGGGUGCUCAGUGCAGCAGUCAGGGUGCUCAGCAGAGCAGCCAUGCUCACACCCGCAGCCCUGGCCAGGUCUGUCCGUGCUGCUGUGGGAAUGUUCAGGUCCCUGGGGCCUGUCCUGGGGACACGGUGACCCGGCGCGGUGCUGAGGGGUUGGCAGCACUGGGGGUGAGUCCUGUUCAGGGAACAUCCCGCGCUGAGUGCCUCCUGCGCUGUUGCUCCUCCACUGCAGGCACGAGAGCACAGCGCUGGAGCGGCCCCUUUCAGCUCGUGUUUAUGUCUCCUCUCAAUCUCUGUGCUUUUCUCUCACACCAACACUCUGAAUUCCUUUAGAUUUUCAUUUUUAAAUAGCCUCGCUUGGCUUUUCCUUAUCAAGUGAGAGCCUUUUCUUGAUUUAUCACUGGUGACAUAACCAAUUGGGCAUUCUGAUAAUCAGAUUUAACUAGUUGGUGUGCUGCUGAUUAGAACCAGGGUCCGAACUCGCCUUUGGCUGUUAUUUAUCCUGAUGUUAUUAGUUUUUCCUUUAAUCAAAGCCCAUGCAUCAGUGAGUAAUGCUUUCCCUUCAGCAAGCACUGCUCCAGGCUGCAGGACCGGGACCCAGGUGAGGAGGGAGGCGCUGCCAGCAUCCUGGAGAUCUGCAUCAACCUACAGCCGAUGCGAUGAGAAACCAGUUAAAACUCUCUUGCCGGCAAGAAAAUGACCCCAAGUAGGGGGUUUAAGUGUAGGCGCCUCCUGUGGACAUCUCGAGCCCUGUCCUGCAGCCACUGGGACAAAUGUUGCCCCAAGAAGCCGUGGGUGGCUUGUCCAGCACCGCCUGCUCCUCACCCGUUACCGGCUGCUGCAGCCCCAGCCCCAGCAGACAGCUUUUGGAUUUCAGCUCGGACUGUCCAGAUCUGCGGAACAAGCCCAUGGAGCAGCGCGUGUCAGUUGGGGGGCGGCUGCAGCCGGAGCCUCGUCCCCCCGCUUUGGUGACAUUGUGCACUGGGGCACCUUCCCCUUGUCCCACUGGCUUUACAGAGAGGCUCCCUGGGACCCGUCCAGCCGCACUGGGGUCGGGCAGAGCGUUUGGGGUACCUGGGCCCAACAGUUGCUUCUUCUAUGACUUA